AUGGCAGCGUCGUCGGCAUGGAGGAGCCGCGGCCCCUUCCUCCUGGACUUCUCGCGACGACUCGUAAGCUGGGCGACUUGGAUUCCGGUUGCCAUUUGCUUUAAUGCAUUUGUCGCCGAGGUCACGUUUAUAAAGGGGGGGUCUAUGUACCCGUUUCUGAACGGGGACAAAGAUUCUACCCUGCGGAGUGACGUUUGCCUCAAUUGGAAGCUUUAUCCCCACCUCGGGCUCUCGAGGGGCAUGAUAGUCACGUUCAAAUCACCCCUCGAUCCCGACAAGAUUGCCGUGAAGCGGAUCGUCGGCCUCGAAGGAGACCUCGUCUGGUCGCGUCAUGCGCAACACUACGAUGCGAUACGUGUGCCGAAGGGCCACAUAUGGGUAGAAGGCGAUGCGGGUAACGACCGAGAAUCUCUCGAUAGCAAUGCUUAUGGACCCAUCUCCGUUCGACUGCCGAAAAGGACAACUUUGCCCGCCGUCUUCCGCGGACAACCUGCGAUGUCCUUUGCGAGCCAGGUGCCCAACUCUACUUCGACCACGACGACGACGACCACAACGACCACCCAAUUAGUGGUGGAUCCGAACCUUAGCCCGAUCCCAGUCUCUCAAUCGGUCGCUGGCUCGCAAGCGACAGCUGCUCUCCUCUCGGUGGUGGAUGACCAUGCGGCGAGAACGCGUGCGCUGCAGGAUAUUAGCUUCGGGGGCCAUUCCAUCGGUCAUAAUAUGACGGGCGGCCAAGACGUCGAGUCCGAGGGGCGGCCGCCUUACACUCACGCUAUGUUGGCGGGAGGUAUUGGCGGCUGUACCGGAGACUUGUUAAUGCACUCUCUCGAUACCGUAAAGACACGGCAACAGGGCGAUCCACAUAUCCCACCCAAGUAUACAUCGCUUGGCUCGUCCUACUACAAGAUAUGGCAACAGGAAGGAUUACGAAGAGGCCUGUACGGAGGAUGGAUUCCUGCUGCCCUCGGUUCUUUCCCCGGUACUGUCAUGUUCUUCGGCACAUACGAGUGGAGCAAGCGAUUCCUCAUAGAUCACGGUGUCCAGCAACAUAUCUCCUAUCUCGCAGCCGGAUUUCUUGGCGACCUUGCUGCAUCGAUCGUCUAUGUCCCAUCCGAAGUUCUCAAAACUCGCCUCCAAUUGCAGGGUCGAUAUAACAAUCCUUACUUCCAUUCGGGCUACAACUACCGCGGAACCAUGGAUGCGGCGAGAACAAUUGUUCGCAACGAAGGGUUUUCUGCCUUGUUCUACGGCUACAAGGCCACCCUCUGCCGAGACCUCCCCUUCUCUGCGCUUCAGUUCAUGUUCUGGGAACAAUUCCACGCCUGGGCGAGACAAUACAAGCAAAGUCGAGAUAUCGGCGCUCCCCUCGAACUUUUGACUGGCGCCACAGCGGGUGGCCUCGCCGGCGUCAUCACUUGCCCCUUAGACGUAGUCAAGACGAGACUACAGACUCAACUCAACCCUAAUAUUCCCGAGCAACCACCCAUCCCGAUGCAAGGAGUCCAUGCACCCACCAAUACUCAGAAGCGCUCUAUUUCCACGUCCUCGCCUUCCACCCAUACGCCUCGACCGGGCGCGAUCAACCUCCAGACUUCUUCUGUUUUCGCCGGGCUCCGCGUAAUAUACCAGACCGAAGGCAUAGGCGGAUGGUUCAGAGGUGUUGGCCCACGUGGCGUGUGGACGUUCAUCCAGAGCGGUUGCAUGCUUUUCUUGUACCAACGAUUAUUACGACAACUACAGGUCUGGAUGCCGGACGAGGAAACCGCGCUAUAA